UCGUAAAGCGAGUGCGACCGGUUCGCGGUGCUCCGCGUCCGUAGUUACCCACUCUCUUCUGUUUUGGUUAUCAUUCGAUUUUAAUAGUUGCUAGUCAGCUGUGGAGGUGAAAAGUGAGUGAUGUAGUUUGAAUUUACUCUAAAAACUCGACUUGAAUUUUGUUCUGUGAGAGGUGUUACCAAUAAUGGAUUACAAGAGCGUCGUUUAUAACGCUGCACGAGACGGUAAUCUAAAUCGGUUAAAGAUAUACCUGCACUGUAACAAAGGCAAGGACGAAGUAUCCAUGUUAGUAGCUGCUAAAACUUCCGGUGCUACACCAUUAGUAAUUGCAUGCCGUAAUGGUCACUAUGAUGUUGCGGAAUUCCUUAUCGAGAGGUGUCACGCGGAUAUUGAACAACCUGGAUCAGUAAUGUUUGAUGGUGAAACGAUAGAGGGAGCACCGCCACUUUGGUGUGCUGCAGCCGCUGGACAUCUAGACAUUGUACAGUUGCUAAUAAAACAUGGAGCACAGGUAAACAGUACAACACGAACGAACUCCACACCUUUGAGAGCAGCAUGUUUCGAUGGACACUUAGAAAUCGUUAAGUACCUAGUUAAGCAUGGGGCAGACAUCGAAGUUGCGAACCGGCACGGUCACACAUGUCUUAUGAUAGCCUGUUACAAGAGGCAUACGCAAAUAGCGAAGUUUCUUCUUGGUCUUGGUGCCGGAGUAAAUAGAAAGAGUGUCAAGGGUAAUACGGCUCUUCACGAUUGCGCAGAAUCUGGUAGCUUGGUUAUACUUCAGCUGCUAAUCGAGUUUGGUGCUACAAUGGACGUCGAUUCCUAUGGUAUGACACCGUUACUGGCUGCUGCAGUAACGGGCCAUAAUCAUAUAGUAGAGUACUUAAUUAAACAGCAGCAUUUAGUUUCGAGAAAAGAAAGAAUUGACGCCUUGGAAUUGUUAGGAGCAACGUUCGUCGAUAAAGCGCGUGAUAUGAUUGGAGCUUUAGAAUACUGGAAACGAGCAAUGGAGGAAAGGUAUAAUGGUGACGGACCUCAACUUCCUAAACCACCAGCACAAGCAGUUGCCGCUUACGAUUACGCAGUAGAAAUCACAAGUCCUGAGAAUCUAGAAGAAUUAAUGGCUGAUCCUGACGAGAUGAGAAUGCAAGCAUUAGUAAUAAGGGAAAGGAUAUUAGGGCCGGCUCAUCCUGACACAAGUUACUACAUACGAUAUAGAGGUGCAGUUUAUGCAGAUGCGGGUAAAUUUAACAGAUGUAUCGAGUUAUGGAAUUACGCACUCGAUAUGCAACAGUCAAUGCUGGAGAGAUUGAAUCCUAUGACUCAAAGUAGCUUAUUUUCGUUUACGGAACUAUUUUCGUUUAUGAUGGGGGAAGAAGGACGACCAACUACCAGAGGUCGCAUUGUUCCACCAGUUGACCUACUAGAGCUGUUGAGAGUUUUCCGUAAGGCUAUUAGAGAAGUGGAGCUAGGAAAUCAAAUGUUAGAUAAAAUUUCGAAUGCUGAGAGAGAUGUCACAUAUUUAACGAGAGUAUUAGUCAUUACGUUACACUUGGCGUGCCUUCUGACGAGGUUAUUGAAUCAUCCUAAUUGCACAACAGAGCUUUCCGGCAUAAUUUUUAAGGCUUUAUAUGAUCUCAUCAAACUAAAAAUUAAGGGACGCCUCGGUAGAACUGCUUUGCAUUUCGCCUGUUGUAGGGAUGCAGCAUUAGUUGGACGAUAUCCCGCAUGCCAGUUUCCAUCUCCUCAUCUAGCGACGGUACUAUUACAUGUCGGAGCGGAUCCAAAUGCGAGAGAUGAAGAAGGCAAUACCCCAUUACAUCUCGCUGCUCUUGCUAAGCCAUGUCCUGCUAGUCUAGCACAGACGUUAUUAGAACACGGUGCACAUCUUGACUUUGUUAAUAAUAACGGUGAUACAUUUACGAGUUUGCUAAAAGGACAGCAUGUGCAUGAGCUAGUGAAUGUCGCAAAAUUUUCAAGACUGAGUUGUAUCGCUGCGCAAGUUAUACAACAGUUUAAAAUACCAUAUAAAGGAAUUGUACCUUCUUCCUUAGUGUCUUUUAUACAAAGCCAUUAAGUACUUUUUAUUUGAAGUGCAAAUUUUUGUGAUCUAUUAUUUAAGUGUGCCAGUGUGGUGGUACUAGAAGCGGUGCGUAAAAGUGUUUUGUGUUUAUUGUUAUUAUUCUAUUUACCUGCUCCAUCAUAAGUCGCUCCAACUAUAACUUCACUAUUAUUAAAUUAGUAAAGUUUUAUAUGUAUAUAUAUCGUUGCUAAUAUUUAGACUUUUUAUUACACAUGUAAAAGAAACGACUGAUACUCCAUUAACGAUUUUUUGAGAGUGCUUAAGUGGUUUGUGUGUUUUGUGAUAAGCAAGUAGGUGUAGAGGGUAAUUCAAUUUCUCUAUCAAAAUAACGCCAAAAUGGUACAAAUUUUACUGUCUUCCUUUCAAAUCACAGAGACUUGUAAAAGAGUACUUGCGUGGAAAGCAAAAUUUUACAAUAUUCGAUAAAAUCAAUAAUUUUGCAACUACUUAUUCUUUUGUUCACCCUGUAUAUCUUAAAACACAGUUUCAUGUAUUCUUAAUUUAACACUCGUAUCCACAGAACUUUUGGAAGUAUGAAUUAUGUAUGUACAGAACAUUUUCACAACAAAACAGAUUUCUGUGUACAAAGGUGAAAACUUGGUACGCAUAUCAUUGUAAAUUAAGAA